AUGUCAUAUGGAAAUGGUGAAACUGGUGGCCACCCAAUGUAUAACCUUUGCAGUAGGAUUCAGUGUUCUGACUCCCUAGUGGGGAACAUGAGUGGACACAGGAAGUCUGCAACCUUACUGGAAGUGCAAACAACUUUAAACAAUAUGGAAUACUCUUCUGUGGCCCUUGAUCCUGAUUCUUUGGUGACAAAUGGAUCAAAAAUUCCUUCAAACUCCGAAGAGGAAAACUCGCAGGAUUCUGCUUUGCAGAUAAACAGUGAAUCGAUGCCAGGGAGUGAAAUCCGCCGAACUCAUGCGAAGUGCUUUUAUGGCCCAUACUUAACCAAAACUAGUAUGCAGGGAGAUGUAUACAACUUUCUGGAACGGCCCAGUGGAUGGAAGUGUUUCAUUUAUCACUUCACAGUAUUUCUAUUGGUGUUGGUUUGUUUAAUUUUCAGUGUUCUGUCCACUAUAGAACAUUAUGCAGAAUUUGCCACUGGGACACUGUUUUGGAUGGAAAUUGUCCUAGUGGUGUUCUUUGGUGCUGAAUAUGUGGUAAGACUCUGGUCUGCAGGUUGCAGAAGCAAAUACGUUGGUAUUAAAGGAAGAAUACGUUUUGCUAGGAAGCCUAUUUCAAUAAUAGAUCUGAUUGUCGUUAUAGCUUCUAUUAUUGUUCUGAGUGUAGGAUCAAAUGGACAAGUGUUUGCUACAUCUGCAAUAAGGGGGAUCCGGUUUCUGCAGAUACUUCGCAUGCUUCAUGUAGACCGACAGGGGGGCACCUGGAGGCUCUUGGGAUCUGUUGUCUUCAUACAUCGUCAGGAGUUGAUAACCACACUGUAUAUUGGAUUCUUGGGACUGAUCUUCUCAUCAUAUUUCGUCUAUCUUGCUGAGAAAGAUGCAGUGGAUGAGGAGGGGCAAACCGGGUUCUCCAGCUAUGCAGAUGCUCUCUGGUGGGGUGUGGUGACAGUCACAACUAUUGGCUAUGGUGACAAGGUGCCACAGACAUGGAUUGGCAAAACGAUAGCAUCCUGUUUCUCUGUAUUCGCCAUUUCUUUCUUUGCCCUUCCAGCGGGCAUCUUGGGUUCUGGCUUUGCACUAAAAGUACAACAGAAACAACGUCAAAAACACUUCAGCAGGCAAAUACCUGCAGCAGCAUCUCUAAUUCAGACUCUGUGGAGAUGCUAUGCAGCAGAGAAAUCAUACAGCUCCACAGCAACAUGGAAGAUCUACAUUACACCUGCUCAAAACACAAAGAAAACACCUGCACCAUCUAGCCCAAUUCUCAGAAGACAGAGCAAAAGAUACAAGAGAAAAGGAAAACCUGGACGGGACAAUGGUUCCACAUCUAUAAUAAACCCAGGAGAGACAGCUUUGUCAAUUCCACAAAUUACAUAUGAUCACAUUAGUGAUCAAGAAGACAAGAAAGAGCUGAGCUUCUAUCUUGAUGAACCAGGAGGCCGACAGCUUUCUUGGUCAUCUUUAUCUAUCUGUGCUGCAAGCUGUCCUGUUUCACCAGUAAAAAAGCGCUUGGAAGGGAACAGUGGUGAAAUGUCACGGGCCAACAGUUUCACCGAAGAUAUGGACCUCAUCUCUGAAGAGGCGCCUCUGCCCGCUGUGUCUGAUGUGUCACAGCUAACAGAAGCCCAUCGAACAGCUGUCAAAGUCAUAAGGAGAAUGCAGUAUUUUGUAGCCCGAAGGAAAUUUCAGCAAGCUCGGAAGCCUUAUGAUGUCCGUGAUGUAAUUGAACAGUACUCUCAAGGGCACCUCAAUAUGAUGGUUCGGAUAAAAGAACUCCAAAGAAGGCUGGAUCAUUCCCUGGGAAAACCUGGCCUCUUCCUUCCAGAAAAGGGUGUAGACAAAGGAUACUAUACAGUAGGAGCCAGACUGAUCCGGCUGGAGGAUAAAGUCACACAAAUUGACCAAAAAUUGAACGACAUCCUGAAUGCUCUUCAGAUCCAAUUUGGCAAGCAAUCAUCAGAGUGGACAUCAUCUGCAACCACCCCAAGGACCAGGCGGUUAAAGUCUUCAACUGAUUCUCCUCCAAUGAGCCGUAAGAUGUAAAAACUGCUGAAGAAAACUGGAUCAUUUUCUUAUUCUUUCACAACUUACUAUAGUUGUUGUUGAGAUCCAAGUCUGCCAAGGGUCAAAUGGUUCCGUGAACAAGGAUAAGGCAAAUUGCCAGCUGCCCUUCCUUUUAAGCUAGAUGCCUUCAUCCUUUUUCACAGCAUCACAUGGAU